CGCCAAGAGAAACGCACGGUGCAGAUACAUAUGUGCAGUUAGUGUAAUCGUAUUCUCCGCGCGAGGCAGCUGUGGAAGAUGGAAUUUGUGCUUCAAAAAAAAAAUACUACUCGACCAACAAGUUUACACAAUGGGAACGUUCACGAAAAUCCUUCUAAGCGCUGCGUGCGUCGCGUUCCUGGCUGUCAAGUGGAAUGCGCCCCGUUUCGAUCCAGAGUCUCUCCGAGGUGCGAGGGUCUUGGUGACCGGGGCCAGUGCGGGCAUCGGUGAACAGAUAGCCUAUCACUACGCAAAAUUCGGGGCCCAGAUCGUCAUUACAGCCCGGAGGGAGAAAGUGUUACAGAAGGUGGUGGAGAAAUGCCUGAGUCUGGGCGCCCAGAAGGCUCUCUACGUCGCGGCAGACAUGGCCAGCGAGACGGAGCCCGACAGAGCGUUGGACUUUGCCGUGGAGAACCUCGGCGGGUUGGACUACCUGGUGCUCAACCACAUCGGCCCGAGCCCCUUCAGCAUGUGGGAAGGAGACGUGGAGCACACCCGGUGGCUGAUGAAGGUCAACUUCUUCAGCUACGCUCAGAUGGCUUGGAGAGCGUUGGCUUCCCUCGAGCAGAGUAACGGAGCGCUGGUGAUCGUUUCAUCGCUGCUGGGUAAAAUGCCCAGUCCCUUCGCGGUGCCGUAUACCUCGACGAAAUUUGCCCUGAACGGUUUCUUCGGGGCUCUUCACCACGAGCUGGUUAUGAAGAAAAGCAACGUGUCCAUCUCCAUAUGCACGCUGGGGCUCAUUGAUACCGACGCGGCGAUGGAUAAAGUCAGGUCAGUCAAGUCCCGAUGCUUAUUCGGCAAGCACGUCACCACGUUACGGCGGUGCUUUUCUGUAUCCUUGCAGGGACUUCACCAACGUACCGGCGUACCCCGCCGCCGCCGCCGCCCUGAACAUCAUCAUCACGGGGGCCACGAGGCAGCCGGAGCUCUUCUACCCUUGGUUCAUCCACAUUGUGACUCUGAGCAAAGACUGGUUCCCUUUCAUCACCGACUACGUCAUCCAGAACUCCUACAGCUACACCCCGUGAACAGAAAACUGAAUUCUGCAUUUGCUAUGGUCGACUGGUGGAGAGAAAACACCCAAAACACUAUAUAAGUUGCAUCUGUGGCGUUGACCAAUACCCUCAGAUAAAGCCUGUUAUAAAUGUAAACACUUUUUUUUUAUUGUAAGUAAUCAACAGUGUCAUUGUUGAUAUCUACUGGCUUUUUAAUUUUUUUUUUACCUCGUUCACCUCGUGUCUUUUUAAAAUGUAUGGAAUUUUGUAUUGCA